AAUAAGACAUUCACUCUGAGACGGGCGGCCAGCCGGCCCGGACGAACGCGCUGUCACAGCGCCGGAUAUUGGUGAACGAAAACGUGCGACCACUUGGGGCCCCAUAGAGAGGGCCCCCCACCGGAAGGGACCGCCGUAAGGCGGUCGAGGAACCUCAGGCAUGGAGCAGUUCGAGCAACUGCUGACGUGCGCUAUAUGCCUGGACCGGUACAGAAACCCGAAGCUUUUGCCAUGCCAGCACAGCUUUUGCAUGGAACCCUGCAUGGAUGGCCUCGUUGACUACGUGCGGCGACAGGUCAAAUGUCCAGAAUGCCGCGCGGAACAUCGUAUACCUUACCAGGGUGUGCAGGCGUUCCCGACCAACGUGACCCUGCAACGAUUCCUGGAAUUGCACAUCGAGAUCACAGGAGAGCUGCCAGACCCUACCAGCGGCCAGACAAUGGAACGGUGCGGCGUUUGUUCAGAGAAAAGCUACUGCUCCCUCUGUGUGCACUGCGAGAAAAAAUGCUGCCCCGAGUGCAAGGACGCUCACAUGGACAUCCUCAGGCGUGAGAUUACGCGCAUCAAUUCCCAGAUUCGCAGAGGGUUGCACAGGUUGCAGGACGCGCUGGCUCUGGUGGAGAAAAACACCCUAGGUCUGCAAACAAACUGCGCCUCGGUCGCGGAAGAGGUGGACGAAAUUUAUCGGAGGCUGAGCAAGGCUUUGAAAGACCGUACGGAACAUCUGCGUAACGAGGUCGAUCGAUACCUGAGCACCGAGCUCAGGGGUCUGAUUCAGCUCAAAGAGAAUCUCGAAUUGGAAAUCGCGAAUAUCCAGAGCAACUGCGAUUUGGCGGAGGCUCACAUCAAUGAGAACGUGCCGUGGGACGAUUCGGAGCUCCUCGACACAAAGGAGCUCUUCCUGCGCACCGUGGAAUUCAUCAGGAACUUCGAGUACGAAGCUGGGGAUUACAGUCGGCGUGUGCGAUUCGUGAUGGCCCACGAUCCGAACCAGCUGGUCCUUCACGUAGCGGGUUACGGCGAGCUGAAUAUUAAGCCGGAGACCGGAAGCGGAGGAUUGCUGGGUAGCUCGAGCAGCCUAGCGCCACCCGGAGGAUCGCCAGGCCUCAUGAGAAGCAAAAGCGACCAUCGUCUGGCUUCGCAGUACAGACAGCAAGAGGAGGAACGGCUCGCGAGAAAUCGAUACCUGCCCGAAUACGAUUAUCACUCUAACAGGUACGAAGCGCCGGAGUACGAAGUAUCCAGGAACAAAUCGAGGUACAGAAGUCGAUUCAUGCGGCAUCGGGACGGCGACGACUCCGACGGCGACACUAGGUCGACCGUCCGAUUCACGUCGACGCCUCAGGAUUCUUCGGGGCUACGCGAACGGGUCCUGGACACGGAGGACGCGGCACGUGGACCCCUUUCGGGGAUUUUUCGCCUCACCGACUCGCCACGCGUCAUGAAGAAGCUCCAGGAGUACGAGAGGGCUGGGAAGAGGAAGAAGGAGGAGCCAGCUCCGCAUCCUGUUCAACAACCUCAACCACCUAAGCCUCAGGUACAGGUCAGGAAGGUACCGACAGCGAUGGCGAGGCAGACCAGCGACGAUGACGAAAUUUCCAGGAUCAAAAAGCAGAACAAAACCACGGCCGCACCUGCGACCGAAACGGUGGAAGAACGACAAACCGCGCCAACGCCUACACCUGCGCAUCCACCCCCUAGGGAAACACCCCCGGAAAGGGAGCCCGAGGAACCCGCGCGAAGACCGAUGCCCACGAGGAGAACCUCGACGGACACCCACGCCCCCGCGACGAGAAGUGCUUCAUCAGACUCGAGCACCGGCUCUGAGAGCUCAGGAGGAUCAGGUAUCCGUAGCACAGGUGCGCCAUUCACCGCCGAAGAAAUGAAGCAGAAAUACUUGUCGAGGGCGCCGGCGUCGAACUCUUCGUCCACGGUUUCGACGACGCCCGCCAACGCGACGACGCCUGCCAAGGACUCCGCCAACGCCACGCCUGCGACGCGCUCCUUUCAGAGCCGUUUUUUAGGCACAGGUAACCGUGCAGCUCCGCCGCCGCCCACGCAAGCUCCGCCGGCGCGAGAGGAGCCCACCGUGAAAAAGAAGGAGGAAGAGGAGCACGAGGACGACGAGGACGAGGAAACCAGCAGCUCCUCCUCCGAGACGGAGUCCGAGACCGAGGAAGAGUCGGAGACCGACACACACCCUCCGAGCAAAACAUCCGCGACGACACCUGCAACAGUAAAGAGGAGCGAGUCCGCGAUGGCGAGGACUGACAUCGGUCCUCUGCUCGCUCGAAGCGCCGAGGCCAGACGCGGCAGCAAGGAGGACUCACCCUCGACCAGGUAUUCGUCGCCGAGGGGGAGUCCCGCGCUAACGGUAUCGAGCCCGACGACCACGUCACCGACGACGACCACAACCGCCGGCACCGGGACGUCGACGACGCCGUCAGGCUACACCAGCAGAUUCCUCAACAAGAGCAGAAGCCAGGCGGCGAUGAUAGCGAGCCGGGAACGAGAAAGGGAACGCGAACGAGAGCGAGAAAGGGAGCGAGAAAGGGACAGGGAACGGGAACGGGACAGGGAGAGGGAGCGGGACAGGGAACGGGAACGAGAACGGGAACGGGAGCGAGAAAGAGAAAGAGAACGCGAACGAGACGCGGAAACCGAGGCGGAAUCGCCUCUGUCAGCGAGGUCGCGUUACGCCACGUUGAAGGACAGAAGACAGCGGCUGGCGCGGUCCAGAAGCUCUCACAACUUCGGCGGCGAUGACCUCGACCUUGACGAGGAGCCACCCUCGCCGACGACCCAGUCGCCGAACGCUUAUCUGGCGGCCAAGUACGGAGCCGGCUCUGAAUUGGCCAGGAGUCGGAGCACUCACGCCCUGAAGUCGCGAGAGCCGAGCCCUGAACGCGACAGAGCUGGCGCCGAGAAGGACGGCGCUGCUCUCAGCUCCUGGGCGAGGUACCUGAAGAAUAAAUACGGAAAUCGCACCAUCAAGGACAAGGAGCCAAGCUCGUCCGCCUCGACUAUCCCGUCGUCGAGUAGCAGCGCAGCCUCGCGGAGGUUAUCGCUCGGUCUACCUUUGAGGCACGGUGGCCAAACAUCAUUCGAAUCUUCUGACGACGAUCAAAAAAACCCGUCAGGCUCCCCCACGUCCCCUACAGCAGCUCCCGUUAUACUCGCGGCAGCAGGUUCCUCCACUAGCAAUGGCUGGAGGAGUCACUACUUGCUGAAGCGGCGGCAGCUGUUCAAAUUUGGGAUGCGGGGGAGCGAAGCCGGAUGCUUUACCUGGCCGAGAGGCCUCGCAGUUGGCCCAGACAACACCAUCGUCGUGGCUGACAGCUCUAACCAUCGUGUUCAAGUAUUUGACUGCAAUGGGAACUUCAUGAAGGAGUUCGGAACGUACGGAAGCGGCGAGGGUGAAUUCGACUGUCUCGCCGGGGUGGCCGUGAACAGGAUCGGGCAAUACAUCAUCGCGGAUCGUUACAACCAUAGAAUACAGGUGCUCGACCCAUCCGGCCGUUUUCUGAGAGCCUUCGGCUCCCAAGGCACCGCCGACGGUCGGUUUAACUAUCCUUGGGGGAUCACCACGGACGCUCUUGGAUUUAUUUAUGUGUGCGAUAAAGAGAACCAUCGCGUGCAGGUGUUCCAAUCGGACGGCACGUUCGUGGGCAAAUUCGGUACCUGCGGAAGCGGACGUGGCCAACUGGAACACCCCCACUACAUCGCGGUGAGCAACACUAACCGCGUGAUCGUCAGCGACGGCAACAACCAUCGUAUUCAGAUAUUCGACGUGAACGGGCGGGUGCUGACCUCCUUCGGAUCCGAGGGCUCCGACGAGGGUCAGUUCAAGUUCCCCAGGGGCGUCGCUGUCGACGACCAGGGCUACAUCGUCGUCGCCGACUCCGGCAACAACAGAAUACAGAUAUUCAGCCCAGAGGGCGCGUUCCUGAAGUCGUUCGGCGGCUGGGGCAGCGGUGACGGUGAAUUCAAGGGACUGGAAGGUGUCGCCGUCACGUCGACCGGUAACAUCGUCGUCUGCGAUCGCGAGAAUCACCGCGUCCAGGUGUUCUGAUUCGUCCUCUCUUUCUUUUAUUUUCUUUCUCUUUUCUUUCCACGAACCUUCCAAACGGGAUGGGAUCAAGUACGAUCGCGAUAGAGGAGGUUAUCCUGAUUGGUCCGUACAGCGUUCCAUAAGUAAUAAAUGUUUCGAUCUAUCCACUGUCAGGCUUGUUAUGCGUACAUCUAUAUCUUCGUCAUUAAAAGAAGAAGGAAAUGAAUGAAUCUAUCAUCGAUAUGAAAACGAUUCACUGAAUCAACACAGGCUGCUUCCUCCAGCCUUCGCGAACGCACGAAAUUCUGCGGGAGUUUCAGUAGUUCGUGAUGGUCUGGGUCAGACAGCGGAGCAGUGGUGCCGAGUGAGGCUAAGUAGAGUAUGACUGCAAUGGUCAGACAGUGAAGCAGGCCUGGCGAGUGAGGCUAAGUAGAAUGUGGCUGAAAUGGUCAGACAGUGGAUCUAUACCAAUUUUUGAGACACACGAUGAAUAUUUAUAUAUAAUCUCUUUCACCGAGCAUAGGAAGCAUAAAUGUGUAGACAAGUUGUCAAAAUUUGAUUAACUCUCUGGACUAUAGUUUAUAACAAUAGUUGAGGUUAAGAACAGAAUGGAACUGUGAAGCUUCAUUAUUCGUACUUCAGAUAUUCUUUAUCAUUACUACAUUUGCGUUUAAAUACUGUUUCCAUAUUGUACGUUUCAUACUUGUGGAAGUUUCGAACCUGAUCGAUAAAAAUUCGAGUCUACUCGCAAAACCCUCGAUCCCAUCGCUACCUUCUUAUUCUCCUAACCAGAGACUUCGAGCGAUCUCGGGCUUAAAAAAUUGCAAACUCUGUCCAAAGUACUUUCGACUGCGCGCAUGAUCAGAACGAGCAGCCCUAUGGUCCGUACCCCGAUCAAAGGGAUUUCUAAAGUCGACUUUGGCGCGGAAACUCGAGCAAAAUGAGCACUUCGACGACGAGUUCGGUUUAUAUAUUUCUCCAGGGGGAUGGGGAGGGUGGGUUGUCGCGUAAACUUGCUUGCUUCGUUAGGUUAUUAACAUUAGUCGUUUGUGUGGAGCUAAUCUAUUCGGGGGGAAGCCCUUUGGUACAGACCAUGGAAGCUUUCGUUUCGGGGGAAAAAAUUGAUUCGAUCUGUCGUGGAAGUUCUCGUGACUCGAACUCAGGAUUCAGCUCGAUUGUCUGUGAAUUUCCAAUAUAUUCCACUUCAUUUUUCGCGGCCUAUAGUUGCUCGAUAACGAAUCGACGAUGGAACUGAAAGAGAAUAUCUCGGACGUUGGUCGAUUCGAUGAUUCGUAGCUUGAAAAAAAAAAAGAAAACGUAACCAAGAAAAAUCCACCCGUUUAUCUUUUCUUCUUCUCUUA